CUCAUGUUGGAUUUGCCUUUCUAUUAUAUGAAUAGAAGCAGUUGCAAUUGUGCAGUCUGAGCCACACAGUUCCAGUUUGUUUUUAAUCGUAUCUGUUUGUGGACUUUGCUUUUUGCUUGAUUUUUAUUUUUCCCGCCUGUUCCCUGUUUGUGUCUCAUUGCUUCCCUCACAUCUCCCUCAGCAGCCUUUUCCAGCAUUACUUUCGACAAAAGUUUCAUUUCUUCGUCAUGGAUGAUUUUGUAAGAAACAAACUGCUUGAAUGGGGGCUAAGUGAGUGGGUGGAGAAAUUUAAAGAUAAAGAAAUUGAUGCAGAAAGUCUGUAUGAUCUUGAUGAUGAAGAAAUUGAUCAUGUGAUCACAAAAGCUGGACCAAGAGUGAAAUUAAAGAAGAACCUCAGGCUGUUAAAGUGUAAACAGGAGCAAGAAGCAGCUGAUUUGGCUCAGGUCUUUCCAUCCACAAGUGAUACAGGAAAGAGAAAAUCUGAUCUUCAAAGUGACGCCAGCAGGUUACAACCACCAGCUAAGCGACAACGUCUGUCUGUGCCGGGAUUUGCAGAAUCAGUCAUACUGUCUGAUGCAAAAAGCAUCAUGACAUUUGCACAUGCCAGACUACAUCACCAAGACAAACUCUGUGCUUUCUUGAAGAAAAAGAUCAGUGAUUUGGAGACAGACAAGAGGGAGCUGGUUGGUGUCUUUGGUAAAACUGGGGCUGGAAAGAGCUCUUUGAUAAAUGCCAUUAUUGAAGAGAAGAAUCUUUUACCCUCAGGAAGUAUCAAUGCCUGCACCUCAGUCAUGAUUAAAUUGGAAGCUAACACCUACAGCUCAAAGUAUGAGGCAGAAAUUGAGUUCAUCACAAAAGAGGAGUGGAAUGAUGAGUUGUGGUCAUUUCAUCAGUUUUCUUGCAAAAAUGGAGAUCACGAAAUGGAAGAUAAUGAUGAUUAUCAUGAUGCUGUGGAAAAGCUGUCAGCAGUGUACGGAGAAGAAUGGAAACAAAAGUCUUCUGAAAACCUCAUGAAGAGCAAAUAUUUCAAAGCAAUUCCAGAAUUUCUCCAAUCCAAGAGGAAGAUUUUGACAUGUGAAUCGGCUAAUGAACUCUGUGCAAAAGUUGUCAAGUACACACGAAGUGAUUCAAAACAAGAAGAAGGCAAUGAAGGAAAAAAGUGGUUUUGGCCACUAGUGAAGUGUGUGACUGUCAGGGUGCCAAACAAGUCUCUUCUCCAGCAUGUCACACUUGUGGACCUUCCUGGAAAUGGCGACUGCAACAAGAGCAGAGAUCAGAUGUGGAAAGGGAUACUUGGAGAUUGUUCUACUGUGUGGAUUGUGACUGAAAUUAAUCGAGCAGCAUCAGAGAAAGAGGCCUGGGAGAUCCUGGAAAGUGUCAGUAGUCUGAUUGGAAAUGGUGGCGAAUGUCAGCAAAUUCAUUUUAUCUGCACUAAGUCUGAUCUUCUUGAUGAUUCAGAUGAUCUUUCAUCAGCUGACGUCCAUGAUCUAAUCACUGAAAGAAACGUGCAAGCCACGGAUGCAAUAAAGAAAGAAUUCAACAAGCGAAGCAAAAUUAGGAAACACUUCAAUGAUGACAGUUUCAAAGUGUUCACAGUGAGCUCCAAAGAGUUCCUAAAACAAAACUACUUAAGUCCAGAAGAAACUGAAAUACCCAAACUUCAGAGAUUUUUGCAAGAUCUCAAUGACUGUCACUCAGAGACAGUAAACUAUGUGAAUCGAGCUCACGGGAUUCUGUCUUUGAUUCAAGACGCCAACUCCAGAGGAGUGGAUAGUAAAACAGGCGAGGUGUGUGAAGAACUUGAGAGAAACAUGAACCUCCAACUUGAUAAUGUCAGAAAAGAAAUGGAAGACACCUGUAGGGCUUUUGAAAGAUGUCUUGAUGAUGGUGUUAAGAAAUCCUUCUUAUAUGAUGGAAAGAAUGGUGGUGCUUUUUACAAUUUACGGAAGUGUGUCAUUGAGAAUGGUGGCGUCUACAAACCAAAAAAAGGGAAACCAAUUAGCCUUAAUAUGAAGUUGGCUUCCUGUCUGAUUGACAGCAUUGGUGCAGAAUUCAGAAAGACCUUCCCAAAUGAAGUAAACUGUGGAGCAUUCAACGGAGUCAUCAAUACAUUUACACUUAACACUGAUUCUCUGAUUGAAAAGUACAAAAAUGCUGAACUACAGCUCAGAUUCCUCAAGACAGAGGAAGAAAAGAUUAAGGCAAAAUUAAACAGAAUCAUCCAGAAGCAGAAGAAAAUUGUCUACAGCAGUCUGACAGAGACAGUUGAGAACAUUAUGGAAGAAGGCUACAAGAAGGCUUUAGCAUUUACAGGAGAAGACACACUGUACAACAUGAGGGAGACUAUUAAAAACCACAUGCACUCAAAGAAGGACAUGUUUGAACAGGCAAAAAACACCAUGUUGGAGAAGUUGCACGAUUUGAUGGUAUACGUCUUGGGGACUCUGGAGAAAACUAUGAAAGAAUCUAUUGGACUUUCAUUCAAGGAUGAAGAGUGCUUACUCCCAGAUGUUUCAACAGAGCUUAAGAUGGUGAAGAAACAUUAUGAUCUACUUGUAGGCACUCCAGAUGAUGAAAUAUAACUGGAAGAGCCUCUCAGUCCUCAACUCUAAUACCUAAAGAAGAACUAUGAAUUUGAUCAACUGAUCCCUAAAUGCAAUUGACACUCACUUCUCGAUGAAAAGCCUGGGUUCGGAAGAGUUCAACCGUCCUGGAGGGACGUUCCCUGCCGAUGGCACGAUGGCAGGAGAAGUGGCAUGUCGUGUGCCUGGCGGGACUUUCGACUGAGGACAUUGAAGACAUCUACCUAUUUGGAAUCAUUAUAACAGGAUUCUUGCUGAUCGGAGAUGGCUUGGCCCUGGUUUAUUGGAAAUUGAAGAAAGCAGUGACAGUUGUUAUAAACCCCACAAGGCUACCCGCUAUGAUCGAAGCUAUGGGUAGAGCUGUGAGUAGUCAGAACAACUGUAAAAUUCUGAUUUCCUGCAAAGGCUGUGGACUAUUGACUUUUGCUUAACUAGGUGAAAGGACAGUCUCUCAAGCUCUGAACACAGGAUACACACACGCACACACACACACACACACACACACACACACACACACACACACACACACACACACAAGUACACUGACACAGAUACGCACUCACCUACCCUCACCCAUCCCAAACGCCUCCAAUGCAUGUCAUGUGCUUACGUGGUGUACAUGUGAAUAUUCAUGUGCUUUUUUUGUGCUAAGGUGUUUUUUUACUGUCCUCAAACUGGUCUCCCAGUUAGGAGCCCAGUUUAAGUCUUUUUUUUUUGUCUCCUCUUGUCCCUGAUGUGUGUACCUUCACUGAUUUUCCUUAUGGCAUGGCUACAUCUGCAUUACAGUUUUUGGAACUAUGAAAUCACUAUAAUAGUGUAGAAAUGUGUAUUUAAACAUCGUUACAUUGACAGAAAUUGGAGUUUCUAUGGUUUGACCCAUCUGUGAUAGAAGUGAGCUGUAUGUGGCCUACGAUGAAAAAUAAGUUUUACAUCCUGUGAGGCCUUAAGCCUUGUUAUUAUUUGGUGGGCCUGUUUUAUUUCCUUUUGUUCAGGUCAUCAUUAGUGGCUCCUCCCAUCUAUUACGAGACAAGGAAUUCACCUGUUUGGGAACCUAUGUAAGGUGAUAUUCUUUUAAGAUGGCGGCCACCCUCCCCCUCCUCUAAGAAGGCUGGGGCUUUUCUGGCACCCAAUUUAGUUUUUGUUUUGUUUUUUCCCGCUUUUGUGGCUUUUGUGGUUAUUUCUAGUUUCAGUCACUUGUUGUUUAUAGGUAAGCACAUAGUUGUUGUUGUUUUUUCUGCUUUACCUCUG